GAAGACGAUGACGAACCGGAUGAAUGGGACCAACGUAUUAUGAAUACCGGUUGUCACCAAGAGAACUUGGCUUUACAACUCUGUCAUGCUGACACUGGAGACUGGAGACAAUGUACCAAAGAAAUGGAAGCUUUCAGAAAGUGCUGGGCUGCCAAUAACAAUAACGAGAGAACACUGACUGUUGAU